UGCGAGCACGAGACACGAAAUACACACCCUGCCACCCUACUGAGGCCCUGUUAUGACUCACAUUACCAUUUCCAGGUAUGGACAUGGUGGGGCUGGUUCAUGUCCCGAAACGGCUAUUGUCGCCUCGCUGCAAUUACGGCAAACCCGAGACUGCUCGUCCCAUGGGCUCCAGAGGGAUAAAAUGGCAUCGCCAUGUAACUGCGAGCAUUUACCUGAGCAGAAUCAUACAGAGCCACAUACGCCAUGGAUGCCCUCGGGCCAAAGAUCAGGGUCAAGACAACGAUGCCAACCCUUCCGCUGGCGACGCCGCGGGCCAGCAUCGAGACGGAGCGGCUGGUGCUGCGGCCACUGUCGCACGAGGACCUGAGCGACUACCACGCGCUGCGCACGCAGCCCGAGGUGGUCGAGUACAUGUCGACGGGGCGGGCGGACCGUGACCUGGAUGAGACGCGGGCGGUGCUGGACCGCGUCGCCGGCCCGGGCCGCGAGGCCGGCACCUUCGUCUGGGGCAUGCGGCUGGCGGCGACGGGCGAAUUCGUCGGCGCCCGGACCCGCUGGCCCUCGCUCGGCUAUUACGUGCGCUGCGAGUACUGGGGCCGCGGCUACGCCUCCGAGGCCAUGGCCGCCGUCGUGGCUGCCUGGUGGCGCCUGCCCCGGUCCCCGGGGGUGGAGAUGGAGCUCAACCCCUCGUCGGUCGGGCGCGCCGUCGCCGCCGGCGAGGAAGUGCCCGAGCGCCUGUUCGCCUUCAUCGCCUCCACCAACGCCGGCAGCAUCGGCGUCAUGAGGAAGCUCGGCUUCUGCAAGUUCAAGGACUGGGAGGUGCUGGAUAGCCGCGCGGGCUAUGAAGGUCAGAUGGUUACCCUAGUUGGAUUCCUACUCCAGCGGCCUGUUGAGUAGGAUUUUUGAAAUGCCGAUUUCUUGAGAACAAUUUGCAAAUUUUGGAUGAGUUAGAUGUAUUAGACAGUCUCUUUGCUAGCGCUAGAAUUCUACAACUGAAACUCGACUUCGAAAUGCCUUCAACCACAACCAUGGAGCUGAACGAAACG